AUGGCCGACAAGAUGCACAUCUUGUGCCCGGCGAUUGGAGUCGCCUCCUCUUCGCCCUCUUCCCUCUUCGUGGAGACGCAAAUUGCCAAGCACCUCCUCGCCGUCGGGCACAUCAAUCUCAGGCGCGGCCCUGCUACCCUGCUACAUCGCCAACAUGUACAGCAUGGUCGACGAGGGGGCCGUCAUGUUCUUCGUGCCGCUAUAGCUUCCGGAUUGUUCGAAGGCCUCGCCGCCACGGCCAUGCUCGUGCCGUCAUCAAGCAUUACCGGCAAGUCGGCGUAG